CGGCAGAGUCUGACUCACAAAGAGACCAGGCCGACUAAGGCAAGCCGUUUUAACAUGUAAUCCAACCACACUCCUAUCUGUAAUUGCAUUUUAGAUAGCCACAACAGCAUCUCUCCUAGUCAAAAUUGUAUUCUCACUAGUCAGAAUGGUAAUUAAAGAUAUCCGCAAUAACAUUCUUACUAGUAGAAAUGUUAGCUUAAUAUAUCUACAACUUUGAUUGUUUUAGUCAAAACUAAAUUUAAGAUAUCUAAAAAUCCUUAAAAAGUAUAAGUGCUAGUCAUCCCAGUAAGAAUUCACUUGCAGAUAUCCAGAAUGUUCAUUCUAGAUAUCCAGAAUGUCACUGUGGAUAUCUGAAAUUAAAAGGCCAAUACACAUGAAUGGCAAACGUGACGUCAUUUGUCCUCAGAAGAAUGUCAUUGUGAACAUCUGAAAUGUUCUUUUGACUAGGAAGAACUGAAUUACAGAUAUCUGCAAUACAUAUCCAGUCUAACUAUUAAAUGUUAAAACGGCUUGCCAUAGGCCAACAGCUCGUGAACUGUCUGCACCACUGCUUUUGAGUCAGGUAAAACUUUGAAGAACAUUCUCCAGCUGUUUUGGGUCUUGUUGUCUUUUCAAAAUGGAUGUCAGCAUCGCCGUGUCACUUAUCCGAGGCCAGAUGGGGGCCGUGGUCGAGCGAGCAGUGAACGGAGCGGUGGAGACGGUGCUGGCAGAGAUGCUCAAAGUGGUGGGGAUCAAGUUUGAGGAGCUAAAGGCCCAGGUGGCGCUGAUGAAGAGGGACCUCACGGCGCUGCAGAGGGAAAAGGCCCUGAAAGAGAAGGAGAAUGACAAUAUUCGAGCCAAGCUGCGCUACACCGAGCUGAAGCUGAAGUACUACCGGCAGGGAGUGGAAGAGGAGCUGCAACAGAGGGCAUCCGCCUCCACUGUGGUCCGCAUCCAACCGUCAACCUUCCACCAGGCUCAGAGAGGUAGUGCUGGAGUUUCUUCCACGGAGACCUCUUCGCCAUGCUCGACUCAGACCAGUACCUCUGAGGGACCACUUACAAGAAGCAAUCAAGAAUGCACCUCCCCACAGGGCACGAUCAGGCAUACCGUCAGAGUGAACUGUCAUUCAGAUGCGGGAGUUGCCAGCUCAGACACAUCUGACUUACUGCUGCCUGUGUCACUCUCUGUGGACAGCAGUACAGUUUUGUUCUGUCCCACUGAGCAAGACAAAGCUCAGUGCAAGGACGACGAUCAGGAGGAUGACGACUGUGAGUGGACCAUCUCUCUACAACCACAAAUAGAAGGCGUGGACACCGUCGAGGCCCCUUCUCCAGUUCAGGCCCAGACUCUGGAUCCAGGACAGCAGCCAGGUGCUGGCUCAUUGUUCCCGGAAGGUUCCCCCCAGGCUGAUAGCUCCACUUUGCACUCCUCUGCUCCACAGGUGAAGCAGGAGGUGGAGGAGGUCAUCUGUAUCAAGGAGGAGCCAGAGGAUGAGCAGGAGGAGGCCAACCUGCUGCUGGACUAUCAGGUGGAGCAGGAUCAUCUUCCAGAGUCCGAGGCUCAGAGUUCAGUGACAGAAUGGUCUGGCCAGAGAAAUCACACCACAGCCUUCAGCUCAGCCGGACCAAGCACCUAUGCAGUGCCUCAGCCAGCAGCCCCCCUGCUGUCGAUGGUGUCCUUGCCACCUGGUAUCCCACCUCGCCAGGGGGUGCGGCCCUGGACUAAAGACCUCAGCCUUUAUGAAGAAUAUAAAUUGCGCAGGAAUGAGCUCCGCCGGCGAAGCCUCAACAGACGCAGAGAGCUGGAGAAGACGCUGCCUCAGCCUCUGCUAGCAGAUAUGGUGCGAGAGCGUCGAGAGAAAACCAGACUGAGGGUGGCGAGAUGGAGGGCAAAAAGGAAACUCCAGGCCUGUAUUAACCAGGCUCAGGCUCUAGGUGGUGCUGCAGGUCUUUCACAAACUGGCUUUCCUAUCAGCAGCCAGCAUCAGCAGCACAGAGUGCAUCAUGCUGCCACCUCCAGUGCUCAGCAGAGACAGAGUUCUGGACAGUCUCACUCCAACAUCUUCCUCAACAUAUCGGCAGCAAACAGCAUCUCUACCAGUCUUCCUCCCAUACCUACGACCUCCUCCUCUUCUCUGCUCCUCAGAGGCCCCAACAUGGCCAAAAAUCAGCACACUGUGACAUCAUCCUCAUCCUCUUCCUACCCCCAGGUCAGCCUAUCGCGGCAGAGUAUCUCCCUGACAGACGCAGAUGUCUUGCAGUGAGAUGUUUGUUGGUGCUGAGGAGAAGGCGCCUGCAGAAUGUGCUCAGUCCAGGAGUGGUGAUGCAGCCAUCUUUGUGUUGUCAGCCACUGGAUCUUACCCACUUAAACUCUUUAUCAUUUUGUUAACAACUUGCUCACAUAACACUGAAUUUCCUUCCACAACACAUUAGAAGUAGAGGCUGGGACUACAAGUGAAUUCACUUCUUUACUGAGCAUAGAUGACAGUGUUCCAUCCCAUCUGGACUGAACCAUAUGUACAGACAAAAUAAUGAGAGCCCCUGGUAUGGAUCACCUUAUUGUUGCUAUUAUGCAUCAUAGGAACUCUUAUACCCUCCUUUUCCAUCAGCUACAUAUAACAUCCAGUAGACUGAGACAGGCACUGUAAACUCAUUAAAUGUGAUACAAUUCUCUAUCCGUCCUGUACAAAAAAAAAGUUGUUUGAGUUGAUUGAAAUAUUGUACCACAGGGACAGUAUUGUUGUCUCAUUGUUCUUUAAGUGUGCAUGUGACUGUCUUUUAAAUGUUGGACAGAAAUUGUUUUACAAUGUGUGGGUCAUUGUAAUUAGUGCACUUUGUUGUGGAGCUGAAAUAUGUGAAAGACACACUUCUACUUGGCAGAGUACACAGAGAAGUAACCAGUCAAAUAUUAUUGUCUUUGACAGAUGCUGACUGAAGAGUUGUUCACUAGAAACAUGUCACAUCUGCAAACAGCAUAAAUACUGUUGGUGCUCUUUUUAUUUUAUUUGUCAGUCAACCAAAAGAACAAAGUCGCUCUCCAGGUAAAAAUGAGAGGCCUGAUGCCUUGUUCAGUUCUAAUAAAUGCAGUUAAAAUAAAUACUGCGUUGAACCUU